AUGUCUAGCGUGCCAAAGGAAGACAAUGAAACAGACUCAGACCACGCAUCAGUGUUAAGGCUGCAAUGCCUAAACUUGGACCAACAACUCAUUAUAGUAGUUGUCGAUGUCUUAUGGCACCGUGCCCCUCGUUCCUUUCCCCCCCAAAUCAUGAGACGUUCGACUCAGGGGCCAUCACGCGGCCUAUCAUCCAGGCAGCGCACAGCUACGCAACGUUGGCUCUCGAAGCCAGGAGUUCGAGAAGCUCAAAACGCCAAGGCUCGUGCUCGAGUAGCGUUCAAUAGGGCAAGGAAGAAAAAAAAAAUGAUCGAAGAUCAAACAGUGGCACCCAUCACAUCAUCAGUCGACAACUACGAAGACCUAUCCUGGGACGCCAACGACGAUUCCACCAUCACAUCAUCAGUCGACAACUGCGAAGACCUGUCCUGGGACACCAACGACGAUUCAGUGCUCACGAUGGAUAACGACUUACCUUGCCCCUGCGACUCUCAAACGCUAAAUUCGACAGAGAGAAUCGUCCAGAGGUGGCGAAAGGAGUGGUUGGUAUGGUUGGUAGCAGAAGAUACAUGGAGAGAAGUAUACGAGGAAGCACUCGCACACGCUCGGGUGGAGGGGGAAAGUGAGACUGACAUUUUCUUGGACCAAUGUGCGCUGCAUGUUUUGGAGGGGAGGAAGAUCCUGGAAGCCAUAAGGGAGAUUGUACACACCAGUUGCCCUUAUUGCAGGGAGCGUCUUAAGUAUGACAGCAUUCUACUAUACGACUUACUGGUUUCCGUGAUUUCAGAGGUAAAGUUCAUGGAGGUGAAACUAGAUAAUGAACAUUAUAAAUAG